GGCUAUUUAGCUGCAAAUUAAAUAUCUUAAAAAGCAAUUGCUAUGACAUCAACAUUUAUGCAAGCGGAAAUGCUGCACUUGUUAUACUACAUGUCUGCAAGCUCGUGCCUAGUGGUACGCCAAGUCACUCUUCAAGUUACCCCGAAAAUACCUAUUCGUCUGGUUUUCCACCAUUCAUGGAAAAGUGAAUAACUGUAUAAAAAAAUAAUUAUUUGCAUGUGCAUUCCAAAUAAACUAGACUAGCCUGUGAAGAAAUUUGGCACAGCUCUAUUGCAUAAUGUGGAUGCUAAGUGCGGACACCCUAAACGUGUCCGAGGGCUGUUAGCAUCUGGCUGUGAUGUCCGACUCUGCUGAACCCGAGGAUGGUGGCGGUGGUGACCCUCCGGCCGCCGGACCCGAGGACGCCCCCGACCCAGCAGCGCCCGGGGCGGACACAGAGGCUGGGCCGGAUACCGAGAGCACUACCAGCCGGGCGGACACGGAGACGGGUACGGACACCGGGAGCACCGCUGCGCCGGCGGACACCGUGUCCGGAGCCGGAGCGGACACUGGAACCGGAACCGGAGCGGACACCGGAACCGGAGCAGAUACAGAGACGGACACGGAUACCAAGAGUGAUGCGCCGUCGGAAACGAAAGCUAAAGACAGAGUGAACCUGCUGCUGAAGGCGGCCGGGGACGCUCCGAUCAUGCGGCAGCGGCUGUGGAAGGUCGAUCCGGCACAGAAGGUCACCUGGGUCAUCCAGUUCAUCAAACGCUACAUCCGCAUGGAGCCCGAGGAGUCACUGUUUGUGUACGUCAGCCAGGCGUUCUCACCCGCGCCGGACCAGACCAUCGGUAACCUGCUCGAGUGUUUUGGAUCAGAGGGAAAACUGGUGAUGCACUACUGCAAGACACAGGCCUGGGGCUGAGGCGGCCCGGCCUGUGUCGUAAGACGCGGGCCUGGGGCUGUCGUAAGACGCGGGCCUGGGGCCGAUUCGGUUCGAACUGUGCCGUAAAUGCAGUUGUGGGACUGCGAGCUACUGCUGACCCAGCUGUGACGCGAAGUCACGCGGCAGAAUGGUGGGUGACACUCCCAAGUGAUGAUGGAGACAUCAGAAACUGUGAUCUGAGACAGGAGGCGGAUAGUGGAUUAUACGGUGAUCUAGCGGGUGGCCCAGAAAAAAACGUUCCGAACUUAUGAGGCCUAUAUAUCAAAUACGAGAACAAAUAACGAGCCAAAAUUUUCAUCAAGUUUGCGUCAUUUCUUUGCGCAUUGGUAUGCCAAAUUAUAACACUAUACCAUCAUUUUCAAGCUGGCAAUCUUGAGUUGAAUUAAGCAAGACGUUUUUGCUUUUUUUGCCGAUGUCAAACGAUAGUGAUGAUUGGGUUAGACGUCCCGACCCAUGUUAUCAAAAAGAAUAAAAAAUAGAGCACGUGAAUGAAACCAACACCUAUGUUUUUAUUUUAAAUAUUUUUGUCUCACUUAUGUGCCAAAUAUUCAAAUACUGAGCCAAAAUGGUGCUCAUGGAUGUCAUUCGUUUCAACACCAAAUCAUGUUUCGAGCAGGAGUGGCACGGUGCAUGGAUUACUGCUGAUUACGGAGCGAGCGAAGCGAGCGGAGUCUUACGUAGAAUAAUGGAAAUUUCUGAGUAUGAGCGGCCGGCCGUGGUCACGAUUCUGCGACGCUUAUAUCUCAGCAACCACUUGACCGAUUUACAUGCGGUAAUUUUUGUAGGGUAGCUUCAUUCCUUCUACCAAGUAUUGGACUAUUCCCGAUGCAUGUGGGUGACCCCUUAUGCACGUGCCACGUGCAAAACGAAGAGGUGUCACUUUUGUAAUUGUUGCAAUAUCUCGGUAACUACUUGGUCGAUUGCGCUGAAAGUUGGCAUGCAGGUAGGCACCCACUAGGCAAUGCAUAUCCAUGUGCCAGAGUUGGGGUGCUGCUGCACGUGCGCACGUGCAGGGGUCGAUUCCAGAUCUCGAGAAAGGCUGGACCGAUGGCGCUCAAAUUUGGUACAUGGCUAGGGACCGGUUAGUAGGGUGCCGUGCAAAAGUCAGUUGGGACCCAUUUUGCACGUGCGCACGUGCAGGGUGCCGCUUCCAGAUCUCGAGAACGGCUGGGCCGAUUGUGCUCAAAUUUGGCACAUCGCUAGAGACCGGUUAGUAGGGUGCCGUGCACAACUCAGCUGGAGGUACCCCCUCGAAAUUUCGCACGUGCAAGGCUCACCCUCUCGCUCGCUCCGUUAGUCGCCCCAAAAGGCGUUAUACUGGUUACCUUCCUUUCAGUAGAUCAAACAGUAAAUCGACCGGAUAAGGAAAACAAACUAAAGCAGACUGGUUCCUGUGCCAGAAGACCACAGAAUAGCUUAUGAAAAACAACAUUGCCAGCAGAUGACAAAAAAAAAAACUGGUUGAAAAGCUACCUUUUCCCAGGAAUGUCAGCCAGGAAAGCAUUUGAGCCACAAGAUGGUUAGAAAACUGGAAACUUCUUCCGAUGCCGCUGUCACAGAGUCAUCUUGGUUGCCUGAGGGAAUGUGUCAUCCUGAGACCCGAACCAUCAAUGAGACUAGCUGCCAGUAGAAGUCAUGGCUCUAGGCCGCGGUGCCGCGGGGUGAAAGUGACCCGUUCACUCACAUUUUUUUUAGUAAACAUCGGAGCAAAAAAGUAAUUUUUACAUGGCAUGCUUGAAGCACGAACCGUUUAAAAAGUGAUUUACCGAACACCAUGAAAAUCACACCAUUUACUGAAAAUGUGUGCCGCAUUGACUAUUCGAAGUUUCAAUGUUGUAUCUUUAUCACUUUCUGAGACAAUAUUGAUUUAAAGUUGGGAACGUUUUUUCUGGGCCACCCGGUAUAUACUCUGGAUUAUACAGUCAGAGAGACGAGACAUGGAGCACGGGGUGUGCGUCUCCAGCCUUGUGCGCAAUGGACGCUGGGUCGCGGCAGUAGUCAGAUCCGAGUGUGGUCCGUUGGAUCGCAGCUGCCAACUAGACUGCCUCUGGGCAGUGUGCGCUGCUUCUAUGCGUCCCCUGUCGCACGGAGAAGCAUGAAAUGCAGACGGGAUGCAGUUACUGUCCAGUCUUGAUCUAAGACACUCCCACGAGUACACGGAGCGGGCCUGGGGCCGCUCCGUGUACUCGUAUCUACAGUUGGUGAGAUGGUAUUCCGGAUAGUGGGCGCUGAGAGAGGUGAGGGAGCUCAGCUCAGUGUGGUCCGUGAGUGGGUGAGAGUGACGGACACACGCUCACGAUGCCUUUUUUGUUAAUAGUGCGUUCAGUGUUUAUGUCGCCACGGGAUAAUCACUUGUACCAUGAAGGUGUGUUUAUUAGGAGAAAAUGUCGUGCAACUUUGAUCUUAUUCCGGCAGUGAUGUGCAUUUGUGCAUGUCAUGUCAAUCGUUGAUCAGCACGGUAAAUGCCUAAAAAAUGCCCAUUAGUUGAAUGCAAUGCGUGAUUGUCUCCUUCCCUUUCGGCAAUUUUCAAAAACAGUUAUAUUCAAGUCGAAUCCGCAUUGUUUCAUAUUGCAAUUUUAAGAAUAGUAAAUGUCUUUUCUUUAGUGAUUUAGUUUCAUGCCGGCGGGUUUACAGAUGGUUAGUCAUUUUGUGAUAUGGCCGGUGAUUAGUGAUUGCGUUCUUCACCGGCUGUCCGGGUCUGCCGAUUGUAGUUUUAUUUAUGCCGAUAUAUGUGCUGGUCAGCUCCUAUGGUGCGACUCGCAGUACGCCAUAUAGGUCAGUGUUUCCCAUAGCUAAUGGAUUAGCAGGGGAAUCAGAGUGCCCGUCAGUAUAUCAGUUUGUGUGGGUGAUUUUAGUGUAUUUUUGUCGUGCUUGGUGUUAUUUCUCAGUCAUUGCGCUGUAGGUACUUGCAUUAUAAAGCGUUGAUUCAGAUGUUUAAAUAAAUAUAGAAUCGUGCCUUUUCA